GCUUAUGCACCAAUACGGUGAGAGGACAGAUAUCGCACGCAAUAUUCCAGCGACGAAGUUGCAUUCGUGUAAUUUAUACCACGCCAUAUUUCUGUUCCGCGCGCUUUGCCAUGGAAAAUGUCUGCUGAUUACGAGUGCACUCUCGGUUCGAAUGGAUGUGAAUAACGCGCAAGUGACUCAACAAACUGCCCGAGCACCUAUGUGAAUAUUGGAACGUAUCACAUGUACCGUGCAGUAUUGUAAUCGUACACUAUUGAAAUUAGGUGUGAAGAGAAGCGAUUGGAAAGGUUAUUGCUAGCACAUCGUAAUCGCGAUGUGCACUCGAUACCCACCACAACCCGCUUGCCGUGCAUUUCGAGCUGUCGUAAAGCCGCAUUGCGCGGUCUGAGCGAGAUUCUGGUCACCUUGGCUCUGUCGCGAUUACUUCCUGUUUGACACAAUGUCGACGAAGCAAAACACAACGAACCGGUCGAACAUGACCGAACGGUGUCGGAUUUGUCUGGCGGACAACGGCUGCAUGAUCAGUUUGCGGAACGAGCGGGUGGAGAGCAAGCUCAAGGAUCUCGUCAAGUGCACGUUCGUCGACAUUAAGCAUGAGGAGAAUUUACCUGCUUUCGUAUGUCAUGUAUGCCUGUACAAGCUGAAUAUGUGGAGUGAGUUCAAAGAGCGGUUCAUACAGUCCAACAAGAUUCUUUUGGGACAAUUGCAAGCGUCAGAAGUUUCCGACACCAAUAAUAAGAACUCUAAGAAUAAGAAUGAAAAAAACACAGAUGGGAGCGUAAAGAGAAAACGUUUAAGUGAGAACACUGAGAAUACUGUUUCUGAGCACAAUGACACGAAAAAGACUAAGAUAGAAGCAAGCUCUUCUGAAAUUACAAGUGUUGACAUAAAGGACCAAGGUGCAAUGCAUACAAUAUAUAUAUCAGAUGAUGCUGAAGUAAUUGUACCUAAGAAUCCUGACAAAACAGUCAAUUCUGACGAUAGUAAGUUAAAGGAAAAUGGAGAUGAGCCAGUAGAUAAUAAACCAUCGGCUGGAUUAAAUAAAAGUAGAUUGUUACCUGGCAAACGUGGUAGAGCUAUCGAAAGAAGGAAAGCGUCUACAAAACGCUGGGUAGAGAGGAAAAAGGCACUGCUAGCAGCGACCGGGGAGAAUGUUUCCGAUAGUGAUUCAGUAGCUUCUGACGAUGCACAAAUGUCGCCUGUGCAAAAAGCCCGUGCAAAGACCAACGCAGACAAAGAAACUGAGCGGCAAAAGAGGAUCGCGAAAGUGCUGAAGAACCUGGAAACGAGUUUCACGGAGAAAUACACCGCGAUUCGUGACAUUGAUCACAUCGACACAGAUCCUGAUAUCCGUAAGACACGAAAUAACAAGGAAUUGCACUCAUCUGAUAAACAGGAUAAACAGGACAAGAAUGUCAAGAGAACAAAGUCUGCGUCCCAAGAGCACUCGACGGAGAACACUCCGGUCGUGCUGGUGACAAAAGACGCUGCAGAAGAGCGCGCGCACAAGUCUGAGUCGCAAGCCAAUGAGAAAGCAUUCAUACCGCGCAUGAUAAAGUCCGAGCUGAUGGUUGGCAACGACAGAUACGUCGUAACGUCGACGUUGAUCCGGACGGGAGCGUCACGGCUGAGCAAAGAAGCCUUGAACAAUCUAUCGAAGGAGGGAAAGAGUCCCAACACCGACGACAGCAGCCAAGAGAAGAACACCGACAUCAUCGAGGCAGUGCAGCUGCGCAGAGUCCAUCCAGCGCCAUCUAACUCGAACAGCAAGAAAUAUGAAAGAUGCCUGAACGUCGACGUCGAAACGACGGAACUGGAGUCGCUGAAGCGCGUGCAGGUCGGACUGGCGGACUUUGUUGAGAACGAAAUGAAGCAGAAACUACUCGGCACGAACGACGAUGGCGCGAAAGUCGACCGGACGGAGAACUCUUACGGGAAAGCUUACCGGAAGCUCGAUCAGCAACUAAAAGGUAUAGUAAAGAAGACUAUAAUAAGCAAUGUCGAGACUUCUUUCAUGAGAGACACAAUUGCGCCUAUGAAGCAGCACGAUCAACCGUUCACAGUUUCAUCGGAUUUCAUAGAGAUGGUGAAGAAUUCGUCCCUGUACCAGCCGUUAGUCAUCGUCGAGCGCAUGGACAUUGAGAAGGAGAGUAAGCUUCGCAAAAUUAACAACACCCAUAUGAUGAAGCAAGUCACGCCAAAGAGCAAACUUAUCGGGCCGUUCAGCUCGGUGUCCCGCAAGCGGCAGAGCGUGCCUCCGAAGAGAUACAACGAUUACAAUACGUCAGCCUUGGAAUCCGAUUCCGAUGAAAUAAAUGAGGUGCCCAUUCAGGAGACGCGCAAAACAACGAGUACCCCGAUUGUGAAGACGUACAGCAACGUGGCGGCGAAACAAUCACUGGGAGCGAACAAUCAGAUACCCAUUAUUAAGCGGGUAGACACUUCGGCUGUUAAGAUAGCAGAUAACAACGUCACGGUGUCCGUUUACACGAUUGAGCAACGUCCAAUGGUGAAGCCGAAGGAAGAGAAGCCAGACUAUGAGGAAUCUAUCAAGAUAGAAGGCGCCAUAGCGGAGAACCACAUCUGCGGGGUCUGUGGCUUAUCGUUUAACAGCCGCAAAGACGUCGAGAUGCACGUGCGAAGUCAUAAAGUGACAGUCCCGGAGAACAACGCUGCUACCGUGACGCGAAAGUCGAAGGUGAAACGCUGCAAGAGAUGUCAGACAUUGGUCGACGCGCGCUAUGUGAAGUCACAUGUAUGUAAAACGUCGACGCCGUUGCUGCACAAAUGUUACGUCUGCAAUUCGACGUUCCGAACAGAGAAACUUCUCGUGCGCCACUUGGACAAUCACGACCAGUCGGAAUUCACGAUAGAGAACAUCAAGAAGGUCGACAGCAGCAAGGUGGUCGUACCUGCGAAACCGGGCGAUGGGCAGGAGCCGAAAAUCGAGAUCUUGGCGAAGCCGCAGGGUAUCUUGACGGAGAAGAACAUCGUGCAGACCGACAAGACUACGAACACGGGCACCAAGCUCAUCGACGACACCAUAGAGAAGCCCAAGGAGACGUACACCUGUUUCGUGUGCGACAAGAUCUUCACGGACGAGGAGGUGCUGAAGGAUCACUUGCAGAAGCACUGCGACGAUCUGAGCGAGGACGAGCAGAGCAAUAACAAGGAGCAAUACCAAUGCGCUAUCUGCGGUGACACCAUGGAGUCGGACCAAGCGCUGGAGGAGCAUGUCGGGAAGCAUCUGUUCGACGACGAAGACGACAAUCCCAAUCUGAUCAGAAUCGAAGAGCAGGAGGACGACCAGUCGAAGAUCUAUCAAUGUGGCCAAUGUUCGGAGAUGUUUGACUCGGAGGUCCUGUUGGAGAUACACGUGCAGGCACACGAGGAAGAAGUCGCGAUCGCGGAAUGGGAGAAGAAGGAGACGAACGUUCACCCGUACGAGUGUAUGCUCUGCGGCGAAUGCAUCAACACAGAGAUGGAGCUGGCUGAACACUUGGACGUGAUUCAUAACAUAUGCAAUGCUGAGGCGCAAGUAUGUCAGUUGUGCGAGCAGCCGUUCAACACGCUCGAAGAGCUGCAGGAACACGUGGCGAUUCACUGAUGGUUUAUGAUUGUACUAUAAAUCGUACAUUUCGUGAGGUUAUGGAAGGUAGACCUAUCUUUCUGUUGAGUACACGAUGAUGAGCUACAAACUAAAUUUACGGCUAAAACAUUUGCAAAUUUGUAAUUUAUGACAAAAUCUAGCGGAGAGCAUCAAGUGCGCAAGUUAAAUCCGUCUCCUAUGAAGUCUCUAGGUUGGAAGUGCUUGUACAUGAAACAACGUUAAAAUGACUUACGACAAGUAUAUCAGCGAAUACGUAACAAAUCUAAUUCUAUUCGCUGUUUAAGAUGUUUAUAAAAGUAUAAUAUAACUUAUGAAAUAUGUGAAAAUAUGCACCUUGUUAAUUCUAUUUUCCAAAUCUGAUUUAUGAAGAAUAUAAUGAUUACUUAUACAAGAUAUCUGGGACAUGACGUACCUCCGCUCGCGUGCGGGUAGAGAACUCGUCGAGUUAAACGAAACACGUCUUUGUUAUUUCGUGAGAGAAUCGCGAUGAUUAUUAACAUUAUUUAAAAAAUAUUAGCAAAUGGGUGUGCGGAAAUGGUGGGAAUGAGCUAUAUCGGCAAGUUUUCACUUGAACCAGUUAUCUUCCGUGCAUUCGUUCUUUAAUUAAUAUCUAAGUAAUUAUCGUGUUUGUAUAAUGACAUGCAAUUUUUUGUUCAAUUUAUCCAGUUCCGCCUGCACACAUAAGCGAACGUACGUGUGUUGUGUCCGAUAUUCUGUAUAUGUCAUACUUGAGGUGUGAAAAAUUAUUUUUAUUCAUUUUAUGUUAUUUUAAAUGUUACGCUAAUAAAACUAUUCAUUAAGUAUAUUACAGAAAUUAAAAUCGAUACAAUGAGAAGAACAUAAAUAUUGAGAAGUCCGCAUGAAACAUAAUUUGCAAUAUAUAUAUAUAUAUACAUACAUACAUACAUAUGUUUAUAAAUAUAUGUAGAAAAGGGGAAAAGGAUUGAUAUAUGCAAAAGAUAAUUUUGAUGUAAGAUAGACACUCGUAUUACUCUGCUAAUAUAGUACAGCAUUGUUUUUACAUUCUUACAUUAAAGUUAUUUAUGCAAAUAAUAAAUGUAAAUAUAUAAAAUAUAGAUUGUUUAAGUCCCAUUAAAUGUCACAGUAAGAAUAAUAUUUUCGUGAUAUAUCUAACGAAUUAGAUAUCUGAGCAUUUGAUAACUGACUAGUUAUCU